AUGCAGGUCCUGAUCAGUCUGGCGGCAGAUUUGCCGACAUUUUUCAAAGGCAUUGAGUCCAAACUCGCAGGACUACCGACCAGUCCCGGAGACCAGGAUAUCCUGGUCCUGGUCACGACAAAUUCACGAGCUCGCAACACAUUUGAAGACGGCCGUGCUGGUCCCCUUAAACGUGCACCUGGUCCUGCUAAUCCAGGAACUAAUCAACCUGAAGAAGGCGUCCAACCUCGACUGCACAAUUACGCGUUCUGGGCUUUGAUCGAUACCGACGCAGCAACGAGGGACAUUAUGCAGGGUUACAUUCACCACCGGGCCAAUAACUACGACCAUUCUGAGAAGAUUAAAGGCGCCGUUAGAAACAACGUCGUAGAAUGGCCACAAGUCUCCAAUGUGCUCCCUGCGGUGCUGGGCCCGGCCGCGCCGCACGUGGACGUCCUGGGUGUCAAAGGGACUCAGAUCCCGGAGCUGGCGGUUCUCUGGUUCAUCAUUCAACUGAUGAGGGCUAAGCACUCCCUGUUCCCGCGGUCAUCCGACCGCGGCAAAAAAGCAAAGAACAAGCCGCAGGUGAAUCCAGCGCUGGAACCCAUCUACCACGCCACGCGGGCAGUGGAGAAACUUCCCGAUCUGCUGCCCCUGCGUGCGGACAGGCCCACUGCCAAAUACAUGGGUAUCCGCGAUGGUUUGAAUCUGGUUGUCGCCCCUAAGCGCCUCCUUCCAGUGUGGGUGAAGGAGUGGAAUGACACAGUCAAAGCACACUCAUUGCUGAAUAUGACCCUGCUGCUCGGGCACGGUCCUGCAAUCCAGGGCGUCAAGACUGUCAAGGGAUUUGAGGGCAAGGGAUCACUUAUGGUUGCUGAGGCUGAGCAGUGGCUUCAUGCAUGGUACCAUUCCCAAGAUGCAGAUCGAUUUGAGAUCCUCUCAGCCCCCAGAAGUGUUUCAUCACACGUGCUGGAAACCUUGACCCUGUACGGCAAGGCCCCGAAACCUGCAGCUGGCUCGGGUCCACGCAUCAGUGUAAACGGCGCCCGAUUUGCGCGGGCAUUUCGGGAUGAGUGCCAUGAGGAGAAGGGUGACGGAACCACCGUCAAGGUUUUUGAUUAUUUGCGCCAGAAAACUAUGCCAGAUUUUUGGAUGUUAAGUGGCACGCCGUUUGAGACCUCGCCCAGCGACGUAGCCUUCUACAUGGGUUUACUGGAGAAAUCUCGGCGGGCGCAGCAUCAGGCGCAGCAUUUCUGUACCUCCGAAAAGAUCAAGCAACUCGGGCAGCGGUUCUCAGAUGACGGCAACCUUGGCUCCGGCCAAAACGUCACCAACCCGGCCAAAUUCAACAUGGCCGCGGACGACAUGUUCGGCGGGGGGCCAUGA